GUAGAAUAAUUUUUAGAUCAAGCAGUGAAACAUUUAAUAAAAGUGGGUGAAGAGAAAUUGUGCGGAAAUUUUGGAAAAACUGUUUAUAAAGCUUGAAUUCGUCAACAUCCAUCCGACUCACGCAAUCGGUCGACAGGAUGCCGGAUAAUCAACAGGCCCCACCUUCGUCGCACGGAGAGGAGCUUGGCCCGCCUAAAGCAGACUUUAGCGCCCCUCCUCCCUAUGAGCUUACCAACAAUGGGGGUACGGUCAUCGGCACUCCACAACAGCAAUUACAACAGCAAAAUUCAUCACCACAGCAGCCACCGCCCGUGCUACAGGUGUCGCUACCGCCAAUCAACGCAUCAACGCCAGGUGGCGUAAUGAUGGUCACUAGCGAUGUGCCAAUAAUGCAGCACGCGGCAAAACUGCCCACAUAUGAAGAGGUGCAGAUGGAGAAAUCGCUGAAUGGGGAGCUGCCACCCCCAUUUAUGAACGCACACGUGCUGCAACCACCGCCUUUGCCUCCACCAAAUCCGCUGCUGGCUCAUAUACGUGACGGCGUUGGCAAUAUGCCGGGUGCCGGCACAAACUCUGUUGGCACAUCGCCAGCUCUUACAUUCAUCGCCAUCGAUGCGUCUGAGGCUGAGAAUUUGACUAGCACCACCGACAACAGUCUGCUUGGCACCGAUAUUAUGUUUAUAAUGGCCUUUAUGGUGGCAUUUCUCUUCAACUGGAUCGGCUUCUUGAUGCUCACCUGCUUUUGUCACACUAUCGCUGCACGAUAUGGUGCACUAUCCGGGUUCGGCUUGUCGCUGGCUAAGUGGACGCUCAUUGUUAAGAACUCCACCGAACUGGCAUCGCAUGAGAACUCCUGGCUGUGGUGGCUUAUCAUGGCGUUUGGCUUCUUAAUUUGUGUGCGCGCGCUUAUUCAGUACGUGUCCAUCAAACGCACUUGGCGAUUGCUCUCGACUUCGGCGCAGGAGCGUUUGCUUUUCUUCUAUUAGAAGGAGGGCGUCAAUGGUGCAAUACAUUUGUGGUGCUUGCAAUAAAGCAUGCAAAGACGUUUACUCUUUUUUUUUUGCUUACUUUCAAUUAGCUUGUUUUUGUUCUUUUUGCAACGUAGAAUAUUUGUAUAUAAUAUAAAAAAAAUUAAUAAUAAUGGGGUUAUAUGUUUAUAGGUUAGAGACGUUGUCAAAAAUAUGCAUAUGUAGAGUUUUGCAUAGAGAUAUGAGAGUCGAAAUUGCACGCGAAAAAUAUAAAUAUUUGGCAAUUUUUUUUAUCCAACAUUUCGUUUGAAAUUUUACUAUGCAACGCAGGUAAAUGUUUUAAAAACGCGCACCUUCUGAAGUCUUGAGAAAAGGAAAUUAAUUUAUCGCUUCUAACGCAGAAAUUACAAAAAUUAUGGAUCGUAUUUUUGUAAAUCAGUUUUUGUACACGCACGAGCAGCAGAAAAUAAUUAUAACGAAAGCAGACGCCUUCGUGUUGUCUGCAUUUCCUCACAAUUGGUAGUAGUAUUUUAGCACUGGAGGUACUUAAGAUGCCAUUUUAUAAGAAUUUUACUUUAAACGUUUUGUAACCUUUGCGAUUAUAUAGUUGAUUAAUAAAUUUCUAGUGUCCACUCUAUAUCUGUUCCACAAACCAAAUACAAUCAACAUAAUUGUUUUUACUAUUAUCUAUAUGAGUGUGUAUUGUGAACGUAAUUACAAGCACUGAGCGUUUAUUUCAAAUAAAUAUAUUGGAAAUAAAUAAUA